UAGUAAUGGCGAGCAUGUUGGCCGCACGUUCGCACGCAGACUCCAGCAUUAGCGAGAGGCGAUUGCGGCCUGUCUACGAUUACUUGGACAAUGGGAACCACAAGAAAGCGUUGCAGGAAGCGGAGAAGCUGCUCAAAAAGCAAAAGGACUUCUCUUGCGCUAAGGCCCUGAAAGCACUUGCCCUUGUGCGGUUGUCACGGUUGGAUGAGGCCCUGUCUGUGCUCAAAGAGCUGCAGGCAGAGGCCCCCACCGACGACGCAACCUUGCAGGCCAUGACCCUCUGCUACCGGGAGCUGGAGCGACCCGACCUGGUGGUGGAGGCAUACGAGCGUGCCACCCAGAAAGAGCCACAGAAUGAGGAACUCUUGUCACACCUGUUCAUGGGCUACGUGCGAGUGGGGCGGCCUCGCGAUCAGAGGCGAACCGCGCUGGCACUGCACCGGCUGCGUCACAAGAACCCGUACUACUUCUGGGCUGUCAUGAGCCUCGUACUGGAGGCUGACCAACCCUCAACCUCUCUGGCCGAGCGCAGCACGCUGCUGCUUCUCGCACAGCGUAUGGUUGACAAGUUCGUCAAGGAAAGGCGCAUCGAGGCUGAGGCUGAAGUGCAGCUCUACCUGAUGGUCCUAGAAAUGCAAGAAAAGUACCAGGAGGCUUUGGACGUCCUUGAUGGGCCACUGGGAGACAGCCUAACUUCUUACCUGGACUUUGUGUACGAACACAAGGUGGAGCUUCUGGGCAAGCUGGGCCGCUGGCCGGAAGCCAACGCUGUCAGUAAGACACUGCUGCUUGGCAACCCGGACAACUGGCAAUACCACAAGCAGUACCUGAACAGUGUGGAGAAGCUGCAGUCUAUGGGCUGGACACCUGAAGAGAGCAACACUGAAGUGGACGAGAGGUAUGAGUUGUGCCCACCAGCUGACUACACGUACCCAAUGGCCCUGGACUUUAUCGAGACUCUCAAGAAGUCUUUCAAGAAAGGUGGACUGCUCCGAGGUCCUUGCAUGGCUCAUGUUGUCAUCAUGGUCAGGGAGCAGGCCAGUCAGGAAGUCCUCGCGGACCUGCUGGUGGACUUUUUCGAGAGAACCAGCCACAAGCCAUCCUGCCUUCUCGACCUGUCUUACCUGAUCAAUUUGUGUGCCUUCAGCAACGAAGAUAUUGUCAAACUGGUGGACAGAAUGGAGGCAUUGCUGAAAGAGGCACUGCCCGAGAGCUGGCAAAGGCCUCCUGAUGUCAGCGCUAUGCAGAGGCAUCUCACCGUUUGCCAGCUGCGACACUAUUUGAGCAGGGGCAGCCAUCUUUCCUUAGAGGAGCGACUUCCUGUGGUGAGGGAGCUGUUUGCCAGCUACCAGCACAGUCUUCAGUUUGGAGUGGAGCUACUGACAACGGACUUCCAGCCAGCAGAUAACUAUGCCGUCCUAGCGGCCUGCCUCCUGCUUGAGCACUGGCAAGAGUCAGGUGAUUGUCGCCUGCUGCUGCGUCUCGUGGUGGCCCUGGAGAAGGCCCUGGUCUACAGUCCCUCCUGCUUUCAGAUCAAGCUACUCUUGCUCAAGAUCUACGGCCGCAUCGGUUCUGCAGCCGCGUGCCAGCAUUUUGCCGAACUACUCGACAUCAAGCACAUUCAGCACGACACAUUGGGCUACCUGGUCACGCCAGUGUACCUGAAGGCAGGCCAUUUCCAGACAGCCAAUACUAACAUGCACACUUCACUGAAGCUCUUCACCGGUAACUUCAAGGACACUACAGACUACCUCAUUGCCUGCUACAAGUAUGGCUCCUUCGCAAAAAUUCAGGAGAUGAUGAGGUUUCGUGAGCGGCUGAACAACUCUCUCCACUUCGCUCUGCUGACUGCCGAAAAGAUGAUCUUGGAGCUGCUGCUUGAGGCUAAGAGCCAAGAAACCCUGAAGCAGACGCUCGCGGGCAUGGAAAUUGAUCCAGUAAAUGAUAAGACAGAGUGGAGCGCGCUGACCGACAACCGGGACGUUAGGAUUUUCCGAGAAUGGGGCGCCACUCGAAGAAAACUGCUGGACGAAUACCUGGAGCGGACGCGACAGGAAGAGGUGGUGUGGCUGCGUGUGCGGAACCUGCUGCUUCGUCUGCUGGCCGCGUGCCACCAGCUGAGCUCCCAGCAGCCAUUGUCGCAGCCGCAGCAGACACCGUUGUCACCAGCAAGCGGCGACUGUGUGGGCAACGAUCAUGAGCGGCCUUUGGCCAAUGGAGAGCGGGCACCUGGUGCUGGUGGAACGGGUGACCCGCUGGCCGUGGCCACCUCUCUCCUGGAUUCGUUGCACGAGGCGGCGCUCGAAGCAGAUGCCCUACCGCCGCACCCACAGCCCUACCCGGUGCUGUGUCCUCAGCCUGGCCGCUUGGGUGCCUUUCUGUCGGGUGGCUGCUUGCAGGUGCUGCUUGCUGCCUUCAAGUGGGUUGUGGAUCUAUGCAAAGGCUUCGAAGAGCUGAGUGUGGAGGCCCCAACCAGUGCCGAAAUCAAAGUCGGGGACAGCCUGGUCCCUCUAGUCAAAACUAUGGUUUCCAAGGUCAAGGAUCUCAAGGUUGACAGCUUGCAGUCCACAAGUGUCUUCCUCGAAGCAGUCACCAAUGCGACGGAGGUGAUUGGAUGGUGCAGCCUAGUGGCAGCGUUGGGCAGCUCGUUAGCGAGGCCUUCACGUCAGGCAGUUGCCAAGAAGGGCAAAAAGAAGACUAAAGAGACGAGCUCAAUAGAGGAGGCAUCCGCAAAGUGCUUCGUCUCGCUGGUAGGUGAGCUGGAGUCAGCAGCCGCAGACCUCCAGGCUGUGGUGUUGCAGGCGCCCGCAGACAUGCUAGCAAACCUCAUGGCUUCCCUGAACCUUGACCACGAGGAGCCAUUCCUUCAGGGAAGCGAGGAAUUGAGCAAACUGGUGCGGCAGAGGAUCGAACAGAGCUACGCAGACUCGCUCAAGGAGCUAGGGACCAUGCUGGACUCUAAGCUCAAGUUGCUGCAAUCAUUACGAGCCUGAGCCGUGCCAGCUACAUCAUCAUCGGCGAUUCUCGUGCAGCGACUAUCGUCUUCACACUUGGCUAAACAUGGGCCUUGUUUCACAGGAGCACCAAGUUCUUUUUUUUUUAAUCAUUCAUUUAAUUCAUUUGCUUGUGUGCUCUGGAACAGUUUUCAGACUUCAAGCGUGAGGUGUUUCAGUUCUGUGAGAAGUAGCGGGCAAAAAAAAAAAAAAUGGAGGUCGCGGCGAGUACUCGGCACCGCUAUUGCCCGAGCAUGUUCCUGAGUGCUUGACCUCGAAAGCCUAGCCUUUUCUCUUUUUUUUACUGGCAUUAGUGCUUUUUGAGUGACUUGUCGCAUGUAGCUCUUGCUGUGCAACCCUUUCAAUGGAGAACCGAACAAUCUUCAUCGCCGACGCCCCGCAGCGCAUUGACGACAGGUAUCGCCAGCUUUGGGUCGCGUUGUUGCUUUUCGACAGAUGGAAUGUGAGUGAUGUUCAACUGUGUGAUUUGCUCCACAUCCUACUGAAUACUUGAAAUAACCACUGAGGAGGCGAAAGUCUAGGCACGGUUACAGUGACGGAUCAUUUGCAGCGCGGGCUACAUCGUCUUUCUGAAGAUUGAAUGUCGCACCGAAUCCCACUGGCUGCAAGAAUGCACGAACUGAACAUCCAACUCCAGUCUGGGCAAGGGCAGGGGCUGCAUGCACCUGGUUGCAAUAGCGCUUUGAGGUGGCCACACUGUGCUGCUGCUUUGAUCAGAAAAAAGUGAGUAGUGCUGAGAAAAAACAAAAAGGCUGUUGCUUGUCUGGUGGACUCUUCGAUGAACUGUCAUGGAGUAAGAACAAAUGUUUGGAUGGAAGCCCCACUAUGCAGUGUGCCAGAUUGUGCACUUCCGGGUCGAGUACUGUUCUAAUUUACCAAGGACAACGAUCCCGACUCCAGACCAGGGUAACUGCAAUGAUGGGGGUGGCAGCCUGUCUGCAGCACCCCCCUUGCUCUUUUUUCCCCUUCUAGCGCGUGCAAGUGUGUGUGUGUGAGUGUGUGCGUAGUAUGCGAGCCUGUGCUGCUGAAGCUUGCCACGCAAACUUUUUUUUUUCUUCCCCUUGGAACAUUGUGGACACAACCACCAGCUCCAUCAGUCCCGGGCUGUGCUUGUCGCGUUGCGGAAAGCAGCAGCGCGAGACUCAGCCUGGCAACUAUUGACUCUCGCCCGUGUGUGCCUUCUAGAAUGAAGAUUGCGAGUAAAAGUUUUAUAUUUUGAUUCUCUG